GCUUGGAGAAGAGUGCGCACGCCGACAGCAGCGACUUGAGGGACGAACGACCUCGGGAGCAGUACCCGGGAAACAGGAGGGAAAGAAGAACAGGUUAGAGCACUAGACUGCCCGUCGCCACCACUCGCAGCGCUUUCGUCGCCACCGGACGAGAGUCUAAAGGCCCGCAAGCAGUCACACGGCCCGUUUCCCGUCCUCGCUAUUUCAGAGCGCCCUUUAUCGGUGGAGAUCAUUUUUACCAGAGUUUGCAGCCUAAAACACCCACCUACUACUCAACACAUCGCCACAUUCACCCAGCCAUGACUGCUACAUCGAGCGACUGGAUUUUCUCGGAACAGGAGCUGCGCUCCACGCCGUCCCAGCGCGACGGCAUGAAGUACACAGACGAACUUAUGCUGCGCCGCAGGGCGUGCGACUUUAUUGAGAAGAUGGCCAAAGCCUUGGACCUACCCAAGCUCGCUCAGAUCAGUGCUGACAACUAUCUCCACCGCUUCUACAUGCGACAGUCGAUCGUGCGCUAUGACAAGUACCUGGUAGCCGCCGCAUGCGUGCUGCUUGGCUCCAAGGCCGAAGAGAGUCCCAGGAAGAUCGGCUACGUCGCCAAGGAGUACAUUGCAGUACGAAAGGUUGCUGAGAAAGACCAGGUCUUCGCCAUCCAGAAGCAUGAUCCACAAGCAAUUGCGGGCAAGAUCAUCUCAAUGGAAGGUGUUGUACUACACAAUCUCUCGUACGAGCUGACACUGUCGCACCCGUACAAGUACAUCAACGAGAAGGUGGAUAAGGUGGUGCGUCUGCAGCAUCUGAGCGAGCAGGAUACUAAGAUUCAAAGCAGCAAGAUCAAACAGGUGGCAUGGUCUUUCUUGAACGACAGUGCGUACACGGUGGCAUGUUUGCGACUCGAGUCAGCUGACCUGGCGGCUGGCGCGGUGUAUCUGGCCGGACUCUACGAGAGAUACGUGCCAGAGGAGCUAUGCACAGCCAACGGUCUGCCAUGGUGGAGUGCGCUGGCAACGCCUCUGCAUACCUUGCAAGAUGCGGCUCGCUACCUGCUGAAUGCCUACACGGCGCCGUACAUCAAAACGAACGUACUCGCGGCGGGACUGUCCAAGUUAGUUUAUAUGUUCCACCCGCCCAAGCCGGUCGAGAGCCCCGCGUCGUUCGUAGAGCUGGACGUCGUGGAGCAAGAGCACUCGUCGCCCAUGGUGACGUCUCCAAUGGACUCCGCUGCUUGCGUGACGUCCCCGGAGUGUGGCAGUAGUCAAGGCAGAUCUCCGUAUGACCAUGACUUCGACCACGACGUCAAGUCACAUGGCAAAGACAGUGAGGAAAGCCCACGCGAGGCCGCGCAGGUUCCGGCGACGCCUGCGUCUUUGCUUGAGAGUUUCCCAAUUGCCAACGAUAGUUCAAGUGCUGACAAGUUGUUGGGAAGCACUGCUGCGGCGCGAGCGGCGAACAACGGAAGACUAUCGCGCAAACGCGGUAAGGACGCCGAAAAAACGAUUUGUUCAGGAAAAAAGUUUAAGUACUGCUUGUAAAAGGCUGCGACACGAGAGAGUGAGCGAGAGCGCUCGCCUCGUGAGCUGCGCCCAAGCAUCCAAGCAUCGAACCAGAAGCGGGCGAUCAUGAUCUUGUACGGCGAACGUGCCUACGUCGUUUCACUUCAGACACCACUCUUCCCAUGUUACACGCAGUCGAGAUGCCGACAUCAGUUUAGAAAAAGUAGAAAAGCACUAAAACCACACAAUAAAAAACGUAUUUAAAACAGCACCC